AUGAGUGAACUUUUCAAAAAAUAUGAAAACAAUGCACGCAGCAGGAUCGCGAGCGAAACAGAUUGUAGAGGGUUUCCGAUCAUCUGCUUGAUUCGGGCGAUACGACGGGUGAACGCCGUCGUCUAUGUCUCUUGCAGCUGUGAUUGGCUGAAAGUAUUCUGCGCUGUACGCCACCCGAGACACAAGCAGUCGGGGAUUUGCCAGCAACAGGGACGAGCGAUGCCGAAGAACAAGGGAAAGGGAGGCAAAAACCGCCGACGCGGGAAGAACGACAAUGACGAGAACAAGCGCGAACUCGAUUUCAAAGAGGAGGGACAAGAGUACGCUCAGGUCGUGCGGAUGCUGGGCAAUGGCCGCUUGGAGGCGUAUUGCUUUGACGGCGUGACGCGUCUGGGCCACAUUCGCGGCAAGAUGCGCAAGAAAGUGUGGGUGGGCGCAGGAGACAUUAUCCUCGUGAGUCUGCGCGAGUACCAGGACGGCAAGGUGGAUAUUAUUCAUAAAUACAAUGCGGAUGAGGCCCGUAGUCUCAAGGCGUACGGGGAGCUGCCGGACAAUGCGCGUAUCAACGAGACGGCUGUGGACAUGGCCAUGGAAGGCGACGGCGAGGACGACAUUGGCUUUGACUUUGACGACAUUUAA